GCACCAGCGGCGGCGAUGUCGUCGAUCCCGCCCGACGACCCUGCCGAGAACGGCCACCGCAACGGCAACGGGCCGUCCCCUCCCCCCGCGAAGCGCGCGCGCUCGGCGCUGAUCUCGGCCGCCGAGAUCCGCGACGAGUUCGCGCACCACGACCCCGCCGUCGCCCGCGUCAACAACGGCAGCUUCGGCUCCUGCCCGGCCUCCGUGCUCCAGGAGCAGGCCCGCUGGCAGCGCCUCUUCCUCGCCCAGCCCGACGACUUCUACUUCCACGGCCUCCAGCCGGGCCUCCGCCGCUCCCGCGCCGCCGUCGCCGCCCUCGUCAACGCCGGGGACGUCUCCGAGAUCUCCCUCGUCGACAACGCCACCACCGCCGCCGCCAUCGUGCUGCAGCACGCCGCCUGGAGCUUCGCCGAGGGCCACUUCGCGCGCGGCGACGCCGUGCUCAUGCUCCACUACGCCUACGGCGCCGUCAAGAAGUCCAUCCAGGCCUACGCCGCCCGCGCGGGGGCCGCCGUCGUCGAGGUGCCCCUCCCGUUCCCUGUCGCUUCGCCCGACGCCAUCGUCGCCGAGUUCCGUGCCGCGCUCGCCGUCGCCAAGGCGGGUGGUCGCAGGGUCCGGCUCGCGGUGAUUGACCACAUCACUUCCAUGCCCAGUGUUGUCAUCCCGGUCAAGGAACUCGUCGCCAUCUGCCGCCAAGAGGGCGUUGACAAGGUGUUUGUCGAUGCUGCGCACUCCAUUGGGCAAGUCCCGGUCGAUGUGCGCGACAUUGGGGCCGAUUUCUACACUAGCAACCUCCACAAGUGGUUCUUUUGCCCCCCGGCCGUGGCCUUCUUGCACACCCGCAAGGGUGGCCCAGUAGCCUCUCAGCUCCACCACCCUGUGGUGUCGCACGAGUAUGGCAAUGGGCUGCCUAUGGAGAGUGGAUGGAUCGGGACACGGGAUUACAGUGCCCAGAUCGUUGUUCCUGAAGCUGUCAACUUUGUCAACCGGUUUGAAGGUGGGAUCGAGGGGAUACGCAACCGGAAUCACGAGAAGGUGAUUGAGAUGGGCAAGAUGCUUGCCGACGCAUGGGGGACGUCUCUUGGUUCGCCGCCAGAAAUGUGCGGAAGCAUGGUUAUGGUAGGGAUGCCUAACUGUCUUGGCAUUGACAGUGAUGAUGAUGCAAUUAGAGUGCGCACCAUGUUGAGGAAGGAUUUCAAGGUGGAAGUGCCGAUAUACUACAAUACCAGAAGGCUUGAAGAGCAAGAGACGGCAACAGAUAAUAAUUGUGAUCCAGUCACUGGGUAUGUAAGGAUCUCGCACCAGAUUUACAAUGUCAAGGAGGACUAUGAGAGGCUGAGAGAUGCUGUCAAUAAGCUUGUUGCUGAUGGAUUCACCAGCAGUAAAUUGCGGCCUUCUGAGAAGCAAGAAACUCUGGCGUGAGGACAUUACAUCUAGCCAGCAGCAAUCCAUCCUAAGAUAUGCUGUGGCCGACUACUUAGGUGUGGAUCUGUGCCACAGCCAGUGCUCCAGUGAGAACUAGUUAUUAGCCUGCCCCAUGGCAUCGCCUGUUGAUGUAGAGUGUACUUUCACAAACUGACAAAUGUUGUAUUUGAGCUGCAAUAAUGUGCACUGGUCUUCUCUGGUUCCUUUUUCGAGCUGUAAUGUAAGAAUAAUAAUCUGUAUGCAAGGAGGCUUGCAGUCUUUUUAGAUUGAUUGUUGGUUACA